AUACUUUGUUCCAUAAUUAUUUCUCCACUUUAAUACAAUAGACGUUUCUAACCAAACACAUUACCCUUUCACUACUCUCUUCUUCCACAUCCACCCCCAUAAACAAGAUACAGAUUUCCAGAAACUCUUGAUAACAAACAAGAUGCAGAAAACCGCUUCAUCAUCAACCUUAGGUCCAGACGGCCUAAACAUAGCCCAAUCCUUCUUCAAACCCAUCCACAACACUUCACCACCACCCACCACCACCCGCAACACCAAAAUCUCCGUCGUCGGCGUCGGCAACGUCGGCAUGGCCAUAGCCCAGACCAUCCUCACCCAAUCCUUAGCCGACGAGAUCGCACUCGUUGACGUCAACGGCGACAAACUCCGAGGCGAAAUGUUAGACCUCCAACACGCAGCAGCCUUUCUUCCAAGAACAAAGAUCUCUGCAUCCGUUGACUUCUCCUCAACCGUUGGAUCUGAUCUUGUCAUUGUUACUGCCGGUGCUCGCCAGAUUGUUGGAGAGUCUAGGUUGAACUUGUUGCAGAGGAAUGUUGCUUUGUUUUCUAAGGUGGUCCCACCUUUGGCUGCUGCUUCGCCUGAGUGUAUAUUGUUAGUUGUGUCCAAUCCGGUUGAUGUUUUGACUUAUGUUGCUUGGAAACUCUCUGGGUUUCCUUCCAAUCGGGUUAUCGGGUCGGGUACGAAUCUCGAUUCGUCCAGGUUUAGGUUUUUGAUUGCUGAUCAUUUGGAUCUUAAUGCGCAGGAUGUGCAGGCUUACAUCGUUGGGGAACACGGGGACUCAUCGGUGGCACUAUGGUCAAGCAUAAGUGUCGGAGGAGUGCCCAUACUUAGUUUCUUAGAGCGGCAACAAAUUGCAUACGAGAAGCAAACGCUUGAGAAAAUCCACAAAGAAGUUGUGGAGGGUGCAUACGAGGUAAUAAAAUUGAAAGGUUACACUUCAUGGGCCAUUGGGUACUCAGCGGCUAGCCUAGCUCGAGCCAUACUAAGGGACCAACGUAGCAUCCACCCUGUUUCGGUGUUAGCCAAAGGGUUUUAUGGCAUUGAUGGUGGCGAGCCGUUCCUUAGCUUGCCGGCACAGUUAGGGAGGAGUGGAGUGCUGGGAGUGACGAACGUUCAUCUUACUGAAGAUGAGGAGAAUCAACUUCGGGAGUCUGCUAAGACCAUUUUGGAACUGCAAACUCAAUUGGGCAUAUGACGUAACAUGCAUCUAGAUGUUUAAUUUAAUGGAUUGGCAUGUCAAAUUUGAACAAAUUGGUUGGUUGGUUGGUUGUAUUUGUGUACCAUUUUGUGGAAAAGAUGUAUCACGUACCAUCCCUUUUAUUUGAUAGCUUAACUUUUCC